AUGUAGUAAAAGAUGUAUAAUUACAUCCAUUAGAAAAAAAUAUUUCUUGUACAAGGAGGAGAUGUAAAGAUUAUAUUAAACUUUUAGGAUGGAAAACUUAGAAUAUAGAUUAGAAGAAGAUGUGGUGGAAAUUUAGGAUAUUAAUUUUCAUAUGACAAUUUGAAGAAUAUCGUUUAAUAUGUUGGGUAAUUUAAUAACAGUAAGCGGAGAGAGUAAUGGUUUAAGUAAAAUUUAAACACUAAAACAAGAAAAUAAUUAUUAAUAUGGUAAGAUUGA